GUACAUUAUCGUCAGUGCCGCGGGAGCGACUCGCCGACCGGUCGUGUUCCAACGUUAUUUACAAUAUAAAAAUGCUCAAACUGGUCAGCGGGAUACGGCGGCUCAGCGCGCAAUGCCGGCACCACAGCCAAGUGGCCGUAAUCGGUACAGAGCCGAAUCGAAGCGAUCCUUAUUACCAAGACAAUAAGAUCAAAAUGGACGAACUCGUCGAUGAACUGCGCCUGAAAACAGGCGAAGCCAUCAAAGGUGGCCCAGAAGAUGCUGUUAAGAGACACAUUUCUAGAGGGAAAUUACUCGUAAGAGACAGGAUUAACCGGUUGGUGGAUGAGGGCAGCGACGUUUUGGAAUUGAGCACAUUAGCCGCCACAGACUUGUAUAAAGGCCAAGUGCCGAGCGCAGGCAUAGUCACCGCCAUCGGGAAAGUUCACGGUCGCGAUUGCAUGAUAGUAGCAAAUGACGCAACUGUUAAAGGAGGAACAUACUUUCCUGUCACCGUGAAGAAACACUUACGCGCACAAGCAAUUGCCCAAGAAUGUCGGCUUCCGUGCAUUUAUCUCGUAGACUCCGGCGGUGCCCACUUACCCGAUCAAGCUGAUGUGUUCCCGGACAGAGAACACUUCGGAAGGAUAUUCUAUAAUCAAGCUAAUAUGUCUGCGGAAGGAAUUCCGCAGAUAUCAGUUGUAAUGGGAUCAUGUACUGCAGGUGGCGCUUAUAUUCCUAGUAUGUCAGAUGAGAGUAUUAUUAUUAAAAAUCAGGGUACUAUAUUCUUAGCUGGCCCACCUCUAGUCAAAGCUGCUACGGGAGAAUCCGUCUCUGCGGAAGAUUUAGGCGGCGCAGAUUUACAUUGCCGUCAAUCUGGUGUCACCGAUCAUUAUGCUCAGGAUGACGAGCAUGCGCUCCACUUAGCUAGGAAUGUAGUUGCCAAUUUGAAUUGGAAUAAUGAACAGAAGUCUAGGAUUUAUACUGCAAAAGUUGAUGAACCUGUUCAUGAUAUAAACGAUUUACAUGGCAUUGUCGGAGCUAACAUACAAAGGCCUUUUGAUAUACGAGAAGUCAUUUCCAGAGUUGUCGACGGAAGCAGAUUCCACGAAUUCAAAGAAUUGUACGGUGAUACUUUGGUAUGCGGAUUUGCAACGCUUUACGGCCACGCUGUGGGAAUUAUCGGAAAUAAUGGUGUAUUGCAAUCGGAAGCAGCAUUGAAGGGAUCACAUUUUAUUCAGCUUUGUGCAACUCGGAAAAUACCUUUAGUGUUUUUACAGAAUAUUACUGGAUUCAUGGUAGGAAGAGAAGCUGAAGCUGGUGGUAUUGCAAAGAAUGGAGCUAAAAUGGUGACAGCAGUCAGUUGUUUCAAAGGUCCCAAAAUAACAGUCGUAGUUGGUGGUAGCUUUGGAGCUGGAAACUAUGGUAUGUGCGGCCGUGCCUAUUCUCCGAGUUUUAUGUAUAUGUGGCCAAAUGCGAGGAUAUCUGUUAUGGGUGGCCCUCAGGCCGCAACGGUGUUAUCUCUAGUUGCUAAGGAAAAAGCUUUGAGAGAUGGUAAACAGUGGACUGACGAACAUGAAAAGAAAGUAAGAGCUCCUUUAGAAGCACAGUUUGAGAGAGAAGGAAUACCUUACUACAGUACUGCUAGAUUAUGGGACGAUGGCAUCAUUGCUCCUAAAGACACUAGAAAAGUAAUUGGACUGAGUUUAUCAGCUGCCUUGAAUGCUCCGUUUAGAGACAGUAAGUUCGGUGUUUUCAGAAUGUGAUAUAUUUUGUUAUCAUUGCGUAGGUGUGUUCUGUGAGUGAUAAUGACAUUUGCUUAUCGUGGCAUAUUAUGUAUUCUGAAUGUUGCUUGGCUGCCGAUCGUUACUUGAUGUGUUGUUGUUAUCUAUUUCAGAUAGAUUUGUGGAUUUAUUUUAUAAGAUCUUUGAUUUUUAUUUACUUUUAUAUUGAGGAUGAAGAAGCACAAAUAAAUCGCAUUUCAUACUCGUGACAUAUUGACAAUUAGCUCAAUUUAUUGUCAGUAUAUUGAUAAUGACA